AUUGCCUGGUCCUCGAGACCCCUCCCCACUCGGCCGCCCACCCGCCCUCUCGCGGCUGGCUCCAGCGAGGUUGUUCUUCCCCGGCCGGACGGAGAGCGGCAGUGUCUCCCCACCCGGCGUGCUCGCCGCGCGUCUCCCCCAGCGGCCGCAGCUACUCGCCAGCCCUGCGCCGCGCCGGAGAGCGCAGUGGCGGCGGGAAAGGGCUGCGGACCCGCGGCGCCGCGUUGUGCGCUCGACGACGCGGCCCGGGCUUCGACGCCCCGCGCCCGCUCCUGGAGCAGGUGCUUUAUUUGUGAGAAAGAGAUGGUUUGCCUUAUGGACCUAAAUAUUCCAGGUACUGAAAUGUGAGAAGACGUUAUGUUGGAUAGUCAGAAGAGCUGUAGAGUUUGCAGAUAUCAUCCGUGGCCUUAAUAAGCUCAUCGGUAGCAUCAAUGCCGGAUAGACAGCACAUGUGGCUGGUGGCUGCCAUAUUGGCAGUGCAGUUCUGGAAUGUGGAGAGAGCUAUGACACAGAUGUAAUUAAAAGGUCCUUUUACAGCGGGAUUGUGCAAGAUAUUUAACCCUGUUUUCUUUGAAUUAUGACUUAAAUAUCAAACAUCUUAAAUAAGGGAAACAUUUUAGUUUUGGAAGUCAGAAUGCCAAGGAGAAGGAAAAAUCUUGGGGGAAAUCCUUUUCGGAAGACUGCAAACUCUAAGGAAGUUGUCGUGUCCAGUGUUGCUAGUCGUGAGGAGCCAGCCGCUACUCUUCCUUCCGUGGGUGAGACAAAAGUUGAUCAGGAAGAACUCUUCGCCAGUAUCUCAGAGAUGUUUUCUGAUCUGGAUCCUGAUGUAGUGUAUUUGAUGCUUUCUGAAUGUGAUUUCAAAGUUGAAAAUGCUAUGGAUUGUCUGUUAGAAUUAUCUACCACUGAGGCCAAGACAGAAGAAUCAUCUCCACAAAGUUUCAUUGCUUCUGAGAACCCAGUAAGUGCAGCAAAAAGUGAAAUAAUGGAGAAGUGUCCUCCCGAAGACGAGAGUGAAGAUUCGAAAAUGGAUUCAUUUCUGGACAUGCAGCUAACUGAAGACUUGGAUUCCUUAAUACAGAAUGCUUUUGAGAAACUGAACUCUUCUCCUGAUGACCAAGUAUACUCAUUUUUGCCUUUGCAAGAUGUUAACAGUUUUAAUGACCGAAGUGAGUUUAUAAAUUUUGAUUCAAGUACUAUGACUCCCAUUCUUUCUCCACAAAGUAUGAAUUUGAAUAGUGAAGAUUUAGAGAGUUCUGCCUCCACAGUAAGUUCAAAUCCAUCACCUUCACAUUCAGUUUUAAAUGAGUCCAAACAUUGUACAAAGGAUAACACAGUGGCACUGGAUGGUAGCUACCCAGAAGAUUCUCUUCUCAGUAGUUCUUUAAAUCUUGCAAAUGAUUCUAACGUGGGUAGUAGAAAUCUUGAUCAAAAGCAGAAAGAAGUUUUAGAAUCUGAGUGCAUUGCAGUCCAGCUCCCUCAAGCUUCUGUGAAUCUGGACGCCAGAGAACCUCAGCCUCCUUCCAGCUUUCCAGGGCUUGAUUUACCCAGUACAGGUGGCGAUCAGAAAUCUUCUGUCUCUGAUGUGUUUGUACCUUCCGAAGGGUUCAGUUUUAAGCCCCACAAGCAUCCUGAACUGCCACCAAAAGGGAAGGAUGUUAGUUACUGCCCAGUACUAACCCCCCUCCCUUUGCUGCUGCCCCCUCCCCCUCCGCCAUUGUGGAACCCCAUGAUUCCUGCUUUGGACCUCUUUCAAGGAAACCACGGCUUUGUGGCUCCUGUCGUAACCACAGCUGCGCACUGGAGACCCGUCAGCUAUACCUUUCCACCUGCAGUUAUUUCUCACACUUCCCCAACAAAGGUGUGGAGGAGUAAUGAGGGAACAAGUGCUUACCAAGUGCAGGAAACCCCAGUCUCUCAGACUGUAAGAAAGAAGACGACAUCUUACGUUGGGCUGGUUCUUGUUCUUCUCAGAGGGCUUCCAGGAUCGGGAAAAUCUUUUUUGGCAAGGACUUUGCAGGAGGAUAAUCCGAGCGGAGUCAUUCUUAGUACUGAUGAUUAUUUUUACAUAAAUGGACAGUAUCAGUUUGAUGUAAAGUAUUUAGGAGAAGCACAUGAAUGGAAUCAGAAUCGUGCAAGAGAAGCAUUUGAGAAGACGAUAUCUCCUAUAAUAAUAGAUAAUACAAAUCUACAGGCGUGGGAAAUGAAGCCAUAUGUUGCUUUGUCUCAAAAACAUAAGUAUAAAGUCCUUUUCCGAGAACCAGACACGUGGUGGAAGUUCAAACCAAAGGAACUUGCAAGGCGUAAUAUUCAUGGGAUAAGCAAAGAAAAAAUAACAAGAAUGUUGGAACACUAUCAACGUUUUGUUUCCGUGCCAAUCAUCAUGAAUUCUUCAGUUCCGGAGAAAACCGAACGUAUUGAGUUGUGUGCAUAUUCUUGUGAGAAUAAAAGUACGAGCCCAAAAGAAAAUGAAGAUGGCACCUCUGAAAAAGAUGAAAAUGUUUUAUCCUCGUCUUUGAAGCACUUAGAGUUAGUAGAAGAGAAGAAUCUUGACGUGACCAAAGAAACCAUGUUACCUGAGAAUGUUACUUGUCUGCCUAAUGCAGUUUUAAACAAAGAAAGAAAAGAAAUAAGUGGUUUGAGUCAAAACAUUCAAAGUACUUUGAUUCCGGAAGUUCCACACAUGUGUUUUUCUGACUCUGAAGCCAAAGUAGGAGUGAUGGACAGAAGUGAAGAAGAACAAGUAGAAACAGCGUCUGAGAAAGAGCCUGGUCACACCAGUGCAGAGAGUGCUGUGGGGAGAGGAUUCCCCGGUGUCCAUCAUGAUGAAAGCAGUCCAGAAGACCGUGAUCCUGUGAGUACUGUGCCCCUUCCAAAUGAAAUACCUUCACCUGGUGAAACAGAAGAAAGAACAACAGGAAAGAAAAAAACCUUUGGGAAACAAAAAAGUAAAUCAACUUUGGAAAAGUUCCCAAGACAUGAGCUAUCAGAUUUUGUUGGUGACUGGCCAGUUGAUAAGACUAUUGGGCAGAGGACAAAAAGGAACCGAAAAACUGAAAAAGCUUCAUCUGUACAAAGUGACAAAAAGUAUAACCAUCCUCAGUCAUGCAUAGAAUUAGAGAAUAGUGUAUCUGUGAAUAUAAAUUGUAUCCAAAAACAAGGAUCUCCAAGUGUGGAAGAUGGCAGGAAGUCACAGGCUGAUAAUAUUUCAGAGCCACUCAAUAGCUAUAAAUAUGAUCCUUACAAAAAUACUGGAAAGAACUCAUUCAGCAUUGUGGGCGAUUGGCCUUCACCUGAUUCUUUAGCUCAGAGAGAGCACAGGUUGAGAAUGGCAAAGACUAGUUCAAAUGAACACAACCUAGAACUUGGAACAAAUGACAACAUGAAUGAAAUAUCCUUAUACACAGUGCAUGAGACCUGUUGGGGCACAAGCCUUGAAAAACUAAGAACAUUGGGUGGGUCCAAUUUGGAAAGUUCUGAAGUGCCACCCAGGGAAAUGGCCUGCGAGAGUCAGAGGCAGCACACGUUACCUCUUUCUUUGACCAGUAGUGCACCCAGUGUUCCUGGAGGAGGAGGACCACGGGCUCCUGCUGAGUUUCUAGAGGGAGGGUCUAGGGGAGUCCCCGGAAUAGAACUCGGUGUGUGUACUCAGACUGAACCACGGGAUUUUGCUCUAUUAUGGAAAAUUGAAAAGAAUAAAAUUAGUAUUUCAGAUUCUAUCAAAGUAUUGACAGGACGACUAGAUGGAUUUAAGCCAAAAGUUUUCAGUAUCAGCAUAAACUCAGAUGUUCAAGAAACAAUUCCGUAUAGGGUGAUGUAUGAUAAAAGCACGUAUGUUGAAGAAAGUGAGCUCACCAGUGCAGAUGAGUCUGAAAAUCUGAACAUUCUUUGUAAACUAUUUGGAUCUGUUUCAUUAGAAGCCUUAAAAGACUUGUAUGAGAGGUGUAAUAAAGAUAUUAUUUGGGCAACAAGCCUUCUGUUGGAUUCUGAAACAAAAUUAUGUGAGGAUACUGAGUGUGAUAAUUUCCAAAAAUCUUAUGAUGAAUCACAAAUUGGGCCAUUUUCUCUGGGGUUGAAUUUGAAAGAAAUUAUUAGCCAAAGAGAAACUGUAGAGGAUUCUAAUUCUUCUGUGCCAGAGUUUAGCCAUGGAAUUGGUAUUAUUAACACUAAUGCACAGUCUACCUAUGAUGCCGAAAAGGAAAACUCAGAACAGGCAGAAAUAAGAACUAUAAUUCCUGAGAAACCUGAAUUAAUAACAAGUGUAUUUCCCAGUGCUGUUGUAGAUCUGAAGGAUAGCAGUGAAACACUUCCUGACAGCCAGGCAGAACUUUCAUACAGUGCUAAGCAGUCUUUUCCAGGUCUCCUCAAAGCUCCUACUCGCAAAGAUGUCAGCGAAAUGGAGAAAAGUCUAGUGGUCCCAGAGACUGGAGAUGAUGUGGAGUCUUCCUUAAAUUUGUCGGAUAUUUUAAACUCUGUAUCGGGCACUUCAAAUCUUGAAUUAAAUGAGGAAAUAUAUUUUACGGACGCUCUUGAAAUAAAGAAAAAUGAAAAUCUUUCAAAGGAUUUUAUGAAAUUUCCAAACAUGGAAGAGUUUAUGAAGGAAGAUGAACAAGAAAUGGAGAAGAUUCUAAUGGCAGGGAGCAGUUUGUCAGAUAGAGUCAGUGAAGAAGACAAAGCUGAGGUGCUGACCCCUGCUCCAGUGAUGACCAAGUCUCUAACCAUCGACUGUCUGGAAUUGGCAUUACCACCCGAACUGGCUUUUCAACUCAAUGAAUUAUUUGGCCCUGUUGGUAUUGAUUCAGGAUCUCUAACCGUUGAGGAUUGUGUGGUUCAUAUAGAUCUGAAUCUGGCUAAAGUGAUUCAUGAGAAGUGGAAGGAAUCUGUGAUGGAGCGACAAAGACAAGAGGAGGUGUCCUGUGGCCAGUUUAUGCGAGAUGCUUCCCUAGCUGGACAUGCUGGUCUUGAUAAUCCUGAACAAAAAUCGUCUCAGAGAACAGGCAAAAAAUUACUGAAGACUUCAGCAGCACCUGAAAUGCUACCCUUACUGGAUCAUUGGAGUACUCAAACUAAAAAAGUAUCACUAAGAGAAAUAAUGUCAGAAGAAAUUGCCUUACAGGAAAAACAUGAUCUGAAAAGGGAGACACUUAUGUUUGAAAAAGAUUGUGCCACUAAACUAAAGGAGAAGCAGCUCUUUAAGAUAUUUCCAGCCAUUAACCAAAAUUUCCUGGUGGACAUCUUCAAGGACCACAAUUAUUCAUUGGAACACACAGUGCAGUUUCUAAACUGUGUUCUUGAAGGGGACCCUGUGAAAACAGUUAUAGCACAGGAGUUUGUUCACCAAAAUGAAAAUGUCUCUUCUCAUACUGCCCAGAAGUCUAAAGAGAAAAAGGCAAAGAAACUGAAAGAUACUGAAGAGACCCCAAGCGAACCAUGUUUCCAGGAUUUUGAGUACCCGGAGUAUGAUGACUACCGGGCAGAAGCUUUCCUGCACCAGCAGAAGAGGAUGGAGUGCUACAGCAAGGCAAAGGAAGCUUAUCGGAUGGGGAAGAAAAACGUGGCCACCUUUUAUGCCCAGCAGGGUGGUCUUCAUGAGCAGAAGAUGAAAGAAGCCAAUCACCUUGCUGCCGUGGAGAUCUUUGAGAAAGUCAAUGCCUCGCUGCUGCCACAGAAUGUUCUAGACCUCCAUGGGCUGCAUGUGGAUGAAGCUAUAGAACAUUUGAUGGCAGUUUUACAGCAGAAAACUGAAGAAUUUAAGCAGAAUGGUGGGAAGCCUUAUCUGUCUGUGAUUACGGGGAGAGGAAACCACAGCCAGGGAGGAGUUGCUCGCAUUAAACCAGCUGUCAUUAAAUACCUCACAAGCCAUAGCUUCAGGUUCUCUGAAAUUAAACCAGGGUGCUUGAAAGUCAUGCUAAAGUAAAAUAAACGUCCUUGACUUAGAAGUGUGAAGGUUUGUAGGUUAAAAUUAGUUUUAUUUGCAGUAUUUCAGUCAGUUCUCUAAACAUGUGUUUUAUCAGAAAUAAUGUUUAUAGUUAUGAAACAAAAAAUCAUGUUUUUCAAAAUUCAAGAGAAAUUUUUCACUGAAUCAUAUGGCAAAUAAUGUUACCUGUUAAAAAUAUUAAAGUGGGUUUUUAUUGAUUACAAAAUGUCUAAGCAGAUUAUCAGCCGCAGUUUUAAAGUUUGAAGUGCUUGGAUGGUUUCUCAGACAGAAAAUGUUACCUUUGUGUUAAUAAUGGUGGUUUGACAUUUAGUAACUUCCUAAAGGUUUCUGUGAGAGAUCUUUAAAGUGCUUUGAUAGCCUUUCAAAGACUUGUGUUAAGAGGAAGAAAAAGAAGUAGUGGUAGCAGUAGUGAAGAAAGAAAGGAGACCUAACAGAAACACUUGAAUCCUUUUUGCUUUUAAAACUGAACACAUGAAACCAUUUCAUUUUGCCGCGUCCCUCAGGAAGACGUGCUUUUGUCCUUCCCUCUGCUUUGUGUAGCUCUUGAUCUCUUACUUUUCACUCUGUUUUUCUGUACGUGUGCAUUUUAUGGGAGAAAGUGGGUCUGAGAUUAUAUUGCAGUUUUAUACCUUGGAGAGGCAGACAGAUUUUCAGAGGAGGAGAAAUGGUUACGUAUCUACCAAGUGUUGGGGCCUUUCAGAACUGCUUCUAGAACUGGCGGUGUCAGGGGCAUUUCAGACAGUACUGAAUAGUUAUAUUUGCGGAUGUACAUCUAGAAUGCAGUAGGUCAAAAUCUUAAUAACAUAAAACAAACAUAGAAAACAUUUUGAGUAUAAUCAUAAAAGGAAUCAGUAGAAUUUAAAAGAUUUUUACUUUUAUUUUGAAAGAGCUGAUUUUGUGAAAGGAAACUUUCAUUGUUUGAUUAGGUGAUUGUGCAAAUUAUAAUUUCCUUUACACAGGUUUUAAUGUUGAAGUCUAAUAUGAGACAAUGGCUUAAAAAUUAUUUCAGAUGUGGAGAAUAUUUUCAACAUGUUAUUUUAGCAAAAAAUUAUGUUGUUUUUUGUUAAGUUUUAAAAAAUCCUUUGAAUGAGGACUUAUAGGUUUGAGCUGAUACUGAAAGAAUCCUACACUACAGAAUGGCUUCCCCAAAGAGGGAACAUUUUAAUGAAAAUAAAACUCAAAAACACUUGCUUUUGUAUAUUAUAAAUGCCUGCUUUUAAAAGAAGAGCCUUAUCGUUGUAUUUUAUUUCCGUGAAAAUAAGAAUAUGCUUAUUAUCUUGAAAUGGUUAGGUAUUUGAAGUAUUAUUCAUUUCUUGUGUUUGUCAUAUUUUUUAAAAAUGCCAAUAGUUUAGCACAGUUUUUCAUAAUCUCUAGAACAGUUCUGUAGAUUCAAAAUAAAGUAAUUCCUUUUAACAAUUUAUUAUAAAACUAAUUGCUAAUGAAAUUAAAUCUUCUUAUGUAUAAAUUAAUAUGAUUUAACAAUAUGGAAAACAAUACCAAAACCUCUCUUACUGGAGAGUAUGCAGCUGCCUACUCAUUUUCAGUGUUUAUAUAUUUUCUUACUUGGUUUAAAAAAAUCACUUUCAACUAUGUCAGCUAGACUUACUUUAGUAAUCUAAUUGAUGAGGGAGCAGUCAGAUGAAGUAGAGAUGUGGUAUUCUGUGGGCAGAAAUCAAAUGAAAAAAGCUAUGUGUUCUGUAGUCUCAACUCUAAUGUUACACCUUAUUUUGGUAAAUCUAACAGUAUUUUUUAAUCAUCAUUCAUAAACAUACAGGCAAGGUUUGAGCAUUUUUUUUUGCAGUUGUUUAAUUCCAGACUGCCUCCUACCCACUAUCCAGCAUAGUUUGAGGAACACAUAAUGAUGAAAGAAAAUUUUAUAUAAUCUCUCCUUUCUUCUUUUGCCCAUUUGUAUUCAAAGAUAGUUUGGAGAGUCUUCAUGUAUUGGUACAGGUUGAGUGUCCCUAAGUGCUCCAAAAUUCAGAUCUUUUUGAGCAUGGACAUGGCACACAAAAGAUACGCUUACUGGAGCAUUUCAGAUUUUCAGAUUAGGAAUGUGAACCUGGUAAGCCCGAUGCAAAUAUUCUGAAAUCUGGAAAAAUCAGAAAUGCUAAACACUUGCAAUGCUGAGCAUUUUGAGUAAGGGACAGUUGACCUGUGUGUCUGUGCCAAUAUGUGGCUCACUGGAAUGGCUGUUUGUAACUGAACAUUUUAAAAUAUUUUAAAGUAGUACAGUGCUUCUGUAGUUUGGAAGGUUUUAGCAAAAACCUUCCAAAGAAAAGAACUAACGUGGAAACCACAGAGGGAGUAUAUUGGACUAGGGGCUCUUCACAGCACUUUGAGUCUGUCCGUCCCUUCUUCCCGGGUGAGAAAUGCAAGCGUAUUUUCUUAGAUUUAUUGUCUAGUCAUAUAUCUCUCUAUUAUUUUCUAGGUGAAGUUUUUUCAAUUUGUUACCAUUUCCAUACUAUUUACAAUUCUGUGGCCUUUAAAUAUAGGACAUACUGUAUAGUAAAAAUUGCAACUUCAAAGUGUCUUGUGACAUGUUUUGAGAGGAAAGAUUAUACUCUCCUCUGGAUGGUUUCCAGUCCCUUGUUUUGGUCUUUUUCUUUUUGAAUUCAAGUGUUUUGUAUGCUUAGAACAGGACACGUAUAAUAGUGAGAUUGAUUAUUUCUGAGCUGGAAAUUGGAAGCUUUUGAAACUCAGGAAAUUGCUCUGACAAUGUUUUAACUGCUCUCGAUUUAGGAACAUGACAAAAUGUAAAAAGAAGACGAUGAUGAUGUGUGCUGUUUUUUCCAAGUGUUUUUUCAUUGUGCCAUGAGGUGAAAUUUGAUAAUUUUUCUGCGUAGUAGCUAAAUAUUGCUGAUUUUUAUUUACAUGUGAAGAAAAGAGAUUUAAAUGUUUGUGUGGCCAAAAGAGUAUCAUUCAAAACGUAAAGUAAGUUUAUGUAGAAUGUAUGUUAAUGGUGCUUAUUUUUAAAAUGUAAUUCCAGUUUACAGUAUUACUUAAUGCUUCUUUACAGAACUUAAUAGAGAAACAAAGCUAGAACACGUCUACAUCCAGAAGAGCCUUUUAUAACUUCACAUUGUGUGAUGACAAAGUGUAUUAUUUUCCUUAAAGUUGAGCACUUGACUUGUCUGGUCUAAGUGAUGAGCCUAUUGAAUUUAACAUGAAACUUCUCACUAAAAUACAGUCUUGCAGCUAUCGGUCAGAGAAAAUAUUUAAAAUUUUUCAGACAGUGUAUUAGAAAAAAACGUUUUUAUUUGUACUAUAAAGAAAAUGUAAUUUUGCUGUUAACUCUGUACUUUUUUAUUGAAAAUGUUUUAUAACUUUGCUUUUAAAUUUCUUAUGAAACCAUUUGCAAAUUACAUACUUAAUUUAAUAAAAUACUUUAGCCACA